GUGCAGUGAAGUAGUGCAGGCAGGCAGGCAGCGUUGAGAUCAGCCUGAAUCAUGUCUGUAGUCAGGACCGUGCUGUUGCUGUGGCUCUGUGUCGGUGGGUUUGUCAGCACCCAUGGUGCUCUGGUUAUAUCAAGGGACAACGAUGUACAGGUACAGAGCAACCCCGAGAGGACAAGACAUCUAAAGAAACGGAGUGUCAAUGAUGUCGAGAUUGAAGUGCACAGCGUGCGGGUGGACUGCAAGGUGGCGUCCCGAUUUGCGCACACAGUCAUGACUACAGUGGCUCGCAACAACGGGAACUCCUCAAAGGAAAUAUUCUUCGAGGUGGAGCUGCCAAAGACUGCUUUCAUCACCAACUUCAGCAUGGAGAUAGAAGGAGAUAUCUACGUGGGCGAAGUGAAGGAGAAGGAGAAGGCCAAGAAGCAGUAUGAGAAGGCCGUCUCAUCAGGACAGACUGCUGGACUCGUCAAGGCAUCAGGCAGAAAGAUGGAGAAAUUUGCAGUUUCAGUGAACAUUGCAGCACAGAGUAACGUCACGUUCACACUGACCUAUGAGGAGCUGCUGAAACGUCGGCUGGGAAACUAUGAACUCAUGACCAGGGUGAAACCCAAGCAGUUGGUCCAGCAUUUUGAGAUUGUGGCAGACAUCUACGAGCCUCAAGGAAUUGCCUUCCUGGAUGCCCAUGGGACGUUCAUCACCAACGAGCUGCUGCCCCUGGUGGACAAAACUGUGAAUGACAAAAAGGCUCAUGUGUCCUUCUGUCCAACGCUGGAUCAACAAAGGAAAUGCCCUGAUUGUGACGGUACACUGAUCGAUGGGGACUUCAUCAUCAAGUAUGAUGUGAACCGUGCAGAAAGCAUUGGGGACAUUCAGAUUGUUAAUGGAUACUUUGUGCAUUAUUUUGCACCCAUGGAAUUGCCCCGUGUUCCAAAGAACGUUGUGUUUGUGAUCGAUAUCAGCGGAUCCAUGAGUGGACGAAAAAUGGAACAGACACGAAAGGCUUUGGUGACGAUCCUGAGUGACCUGCAUGAGGAGGACUACUUUGGAUUGGUUCUAUUUGAUGAUGAAAUCCAACCAUGGAGGCCGUCUCUGAGCAAAGCUACCGAGGACAACGUGGCAGCAGCCAAAGAAUUUGUAAAAACCAUUGAGGACAGGGGAACUACAAACAUCAAUGAUGCGAUUCUGAAAGCAGUGGAGAUGCUGAUGACAGACACACAACAGCACUUGCUCCCAGAGAACGGUGUAUCUAUGGUCAUACUACUUACAGAUGGGCAACCCACAGCAGGAGAGACAGACACUGUGGUGAUCCAGGAGAAUGUUCUAGCUGCUAUCGACAAUAACAUCAGCCUCUUCUGCCUGGGCUUUGGUUAUGACCUUGACUACGGCUUUCUGGACUCCAUGGCUAAGCAGAAUGACGGACUGGCCCGAAGAAUCUACGAGGCAUCUGACGCUGUUGUCCAGCUGCAGGGCUUUUACGAGGAGGUGGCAAGUCCCCUUCUCUCUGAUGUGCAAUUCAGAUACCCAGAAGAGGCAGUGAACUCCCUGACCAACAGCCAAUUUAAGCAGCUGUUUAACGGCUCUGAGAUCGUGGUGGCGGGACAGCUGGCAGAGAGUGGCGUGGACAAUUUCCUCAUCGAAGUGUCAGCAUACGGGGUGGAGGAGUAUGUGAUCCAUGGGCAGGCCACUGCUACAGAGUGGGAUGACGUGUUCCCAGAACAAGAAUACAUCUUUGGGGAGUUCACCGAGCGCCUGUGGGCCUACCUGACUAUCGAGCAGCUCCUGGACAAAAAAGAGAAGGGCACACCUGAGGAAAGGGCCAAUGCUACCGCUGAGGCUCUGGAUCUCUCCCUGAAGUACAGCUUUGUCACCCCUCUCACAUCCAUGGUGGUCACCAAACCAGAGAAUGAGGAGAAUCCAGAUGAUGUCCUAAUCGCAGACAAACUCACUGAAGAGGAGAGAGUGGCUCCUCAGGCUCAAGGCUUCCAGCAACCUCCAGCUCUAUUUGCCAACUACCACAGAAUAGCCUCAGCACCAAGCCAAGCGUCCUUUCCUGAUUUCUAUGAUGAAGCGGAAGCGUUUCCUCUUGUGGAUGGGGACCCUCAUUUCAUCAUCGAGAUCCCAGAGAGGAAUGAUGCCCUUUGCUUCAACAUCAACGAUGACCCAGGCACCAUCAUGACUCUAGUCAGAGACCCCGAGCUUGGCAUUGUGGUGAAUGGUGAAACCAUUGGAGACAAGAUGGUUGAACCUGGGAGCAAAGUCAACACAUACUUUGGCCGUUUUGGCAUCGUCCAUAAGAAGCUGGACAUCAGACUGACAGUGAGCACCAAGGAGAUAUCGGCAGCCCAGGACAGCAGGGUGCUGAAACUGCAGUGGUCACACACAGCCUCUGUUAAAGGUGCAAACAUGGAUUUGCAUGUGACCAAAGACCAAAGUCUGACUGUGACGCUGAAAGACUCUGUGAAGUUCGUCAUCAUACUGCACAAGGUGUGGAAGAAGCACCCGUACCACCAGGACUACUUGGGCUUCUACACACUAGACAGCCACCUGCUCUCCCCCAGUGUCCACGGCCUGCUGGGCCAGUUCUACCAUGGUGUGCCAUUUGAAGUCAGUGACAGCUACCCAGGGAAGGAUCCAGACAAGUCAGACGCAACAAUGUUCAUCAAAGGGAACAAACUAACUGUUACCAGAGGCUGGCAGAGAGACUUCCGGAAGGACGUGAAGAACGGGGAAAAAGUGCCCUGCUGGUUCAUUCACAACAAUGGAACUGGACUUAUUGAUGGGAGUCCUCAUGACUACGUGGUGUCCAGCCUCAUUGAGGCGCUGUAAAAAUCUCUCUAUGUAUACGAUACUGGCUGAAGAGUAAGACAAUAAAGCGCCCGGGCGAUAGAAAACAAACGAAAGUUUAAGAGCACACCAGUAUUUCUUACAAUUGCAACACAAAUGUUACAUUUUUUCAGUUAUUUUUCUGGUGGGCACAAGCGAGAGAGAGAGAGAGAGAGAGAGAGAGAGAGAGACAGAGAGGGAGAGAGCAACUCCCUUUUCCAAAUUCAGUGUUUACUUCGACGCCUUUCGUUUCGUACUAAAAACUGAAAUAACACAAAGCAAUUCAGUUUGCUCCUUAAAGGCAAUGUACAGUUUGUGACUGAGUGAAUGAGGUGCAGAUUUUUUUAGCAUUUUAUGAAGGAAAGAAAUAUUUAUGUUUAAUGAAUGUUUAUUUCCAAUGUGUCUUUCACAAGCUCACACCGAAUAAAUACAUUCUGUACAACAUAUAGUUUCAUUAUACAUGUCCAAGUCAUAUUGUGUUGCAACGCUCAUAAUAUACUGUACAGACAGAAUAGACAAUUCCUAUGUUUGUGUCAUGCUACUGGCAUAGAAAAGGCUAAAUUUGUUACAGUGCGUCUAUUACAAAGGAAACCUACAUGUAACACUACACACCAACUGUACAAACAUGAUUUCAGGGUGAUUUGGGAUACAGUUCAUAUUAAAUAUAACUGUAAACCAUUGAUAUACAUUUCUUGUGUGUUGUAGUAUUUGUGACUUUUUCUGUGGUUAAUUAAAGCUAUCCUAUGCAGCUUUGAGAUGUCAACACAGCGAUGUAAACACACUCCACAGCAACCUCUAGCAGUUCUCCUGAAAUUUUGCAUUGAACUAAAUAAGAUAGACAUUGACUUCAAGAUUAUGAGCAAAUCUCUGUGUCUUCUGUAAUAAAUUACGCCCUUCCUUGCAUUCAGCUCUCUCCACUUCUAAGAGGCCUUUUCAAUGUUCAUGUUAGAUUCUCGCCCUUGCUUAUGAGUUCGUCCUCUAUUCACACAACUGCAAUCAUGUUUUGCACUUGCCUACAUAGCAAGAUGGAUGUUUGAUCCACUUGUUCCCGGUAGAUACCCCGUUUUUGUUACACAUUUCCAGUCACUUGUAAAUAUAGAUUGCAUUACAAGACCGAAGAGACAAAAGGUUGCUUAUUUUGUUGUAACAGUAAUAAAGAUUUCGAAG